AUGUCGUUGCGUCCUCGUGCUUCCUCUCAGCCCGGUAAACCUUCCUUCCUCCAGAGUCCCAAAGUGGCUUUGGCGCUUCGCCCACGAGCUCUCUCCUCCCGGUCGGGCUCCAUGCUGGAGGAGGAGCUGUCCUGUCCCGUCUGUUGUGAGAUCUUCAAAGACCCCGUGGUGCUGAAGUGCAGCCAUAGUUUCUGUCGGGCCUGCCUGCAGGAGUUCUGGAACAAGAAGAAGGCCCGGCGGGAGUGUCCCGUCUGCAGGAGGAAGUGCUCUCUGACGGAGCCCACAGUGAGCCUUGCCCUGAAGAACGUGGCAGACACCUUCCUGAGGGAACAGGAAAGGCAGGCGGCUGAAGCCGGCGCCGGGAAAGGCGCAGCAGGGGACCAAGCUGGGGUGGCGGAGGUGAAGUGCCUCGCACAUGGGGAGGUUCUCAAACUUUUCUGCCAGGAUGACUCAGAGGUACUGUGUUGUGUGUGUCACACUUCCAAGAGGCAUCAGGGCCACAAAGUGUGUCCCUUGGAGGAGGGAGCUCAGGACCUCAAGGCGGAGCUGAAGGAAGAGCUGAUUCCGCUAAAGAAAAGCCUGCGUCACCUCUAUGAGGCCAAACAGGAGUGUGAUGACACAACCGUGCACAUCAAGACCCAGAGCCAGGCCACAGAGAGGCAGAUAAGAGAGGAGUUUGAAGAACUCCGCCAGUUCCUCCAGAAGGAGGAAAUGGCCAGACUGGCCACCCUGCAGGAGGAGGAUGAGGAGAAGAAACAGCUGGUGAAGAAGAAGUCGGACAAUAUCACCAGAGACAUCCUCACGCUUUCCCAUGCUAUCAUCGCCGUUGAGAAUGAGAUUGCGACCAGUAAUGCUGUCUUUCUUCAAAACUACAACAACACAAAGAAGAGAGUUCAGAUUACUCAGAAGGAACAUGAGAAGGUGUCAGGUGCUCUCAUAGAUGUGGCCAGACAUGUCAGUUCCCUCAAAUACCACAUUUGGGAGAAGAUGGCAACACUGGUUGAAUAUGCUCCUGUCACUCUGGACCCCAACACCGCCUACUCCUGGUUGUCCCUGUCCAAAGACCUGACCAGUGUGGCCAACAGCGGCACAGUCAAGCAGCUCCCAGCCAACCCCGAGCGUUUUGGCCAUUUUGUGUUCGUGCUGGGCUCUCAGGGCUUCACCUCGGGCCGCCAUGCCUGGGAGGUGGAGGUGGGAGAUAAGGUGGACUGGAUGCUGGGUGUGGUCAAGGAGUCAGUCAACAGGAAGGGUCGUAUCUCAGGCUGCCCGGAGGGUGGCUUUUGGAUGAUCUCCCACUGCGAGGGCGAGUACUCGGCCAUGACGCGGCCCAGCACCCGUCUGGAGCUGGAGGGGGAACUCACCAGGAUCAGGGUGCAGCUGGACUACGACUCUGGAGAGGUGAUCUUCUCCAACCCCGUCAGCAUGACCAACAUCUACACCUUUAACGACUUUUUCACUGAGAGAAUGUUCCCCUUCUUCUGCCCUGGGGCCAACAUCAACGGGAACAACCCCAGUCCGCUUAAGAUCUGCCCCGCCAAAGUGGCUGUAUGGAACAGUGCCACCUGGUGAUGGGUGGAGAGUCUACAGUCAUUAGGUUGUUGGUUUUCCGAUGCAAAACACCUCAUUAACCUAGCUUUCUAAUUUCUUACAAAGUGAAGCGAAACGUGUGUGUGUGGGGGGGGGUGGUGGUGGUGGUGCCACAACCCCUCCAAAAACGUUUGUGGGUGAGCGAACCUAAGAACAUAUACUGUGGUGAAAUGUUAUAGAUUUUGUCCCCCUCUAAUUAACAUUAUAAUCCUUUUUAGCAAGAAAAUUAGUAAAGUUUGCUUUUCUGCAUCCCCACCACUAUUUCAUCUCAACCUCUCCCUCAUAUUCUAUCACUUUUAGCCGCGCGGUUUCAUUCGAGGUAGGAUUUCAUAAAAACGCCAUCGAUGGACGCAAGCAAGCCGUACUCUUACUGCCUGCAACGUGCUCAAACAAACCAGUCAUUGGCCAAAAGCGUUUACGUGUUUCUGACGCGCCAUCUUGCUUUUCUUGGUCGCUGGUUUGCUGUAAACGUCAGACGAGCUAUCUUUAGCUCUGCUGAACCGGUGCACUGGUCUGUGUCACCAAGCCGAUGCCAUAUUUCCGCCAAGGUUAUGACGUCAAUUAUAUGUGACGUUGUAAGGUUAGCUACUCAGUUAGUCAGUGUUCGUCCUACUUCCGGUUACACAUUUACGUCUUUGUUAUUAAAGGUACUCGUCGGGCCUCAGUGAGAUGACGAGUUGUUGCCUAUAAAUGUAUAUAAGACCUGCACUGUUUUUGUGAUGUAAAUUAGUAAUCAGAGAAGCAUAGUUCGUAUGUUAUUACAUCGGGUAAUUACCGCACUUUACGUACAUAAUAGAUGUUUAAGCAUACCACGGUAAUCCAUACACACUCCCAUCUCAGGCAAGAUAAGUAUUACACAGGCCCGCCACCCUCUCCGAAGUAGCAUGUCGCCCCCUGGUGGUCACUAAUACAUCAAACACACAGGUCUGCUGGCCUGGAGACUCGUUUUCUUCAGUCUUAUCUGCACAGUUAAGUUAGGGACCUUUCUUUCAGCCUGUCACAACAGUGCUUUCAUUCCUCCCCGUGUUUCACUGCAGUAUGUGUGCAAGCCAUUGUGCUUCUGGAUCAGAAACCACGCACAGCCUGGUUAAA